AUGCACACGAGCGAGGAUCAAUGGUUACCAGGACGUCUGGCGUCUCUAGUCGAAGCCGUCUCACCACCUCGACAAGCACAUGCCGCCAAAUUGUUCUUUAUGUUCACGGAGACAGCUCUACGGGCCAUGGCGACGAGCGCUGGCGAAAAGCCGCCAGUGGCUAUGCCAGGGAAGUUGAUCGAACCGAUGGAGCGAGCUCACGCUUGGGCUGGACGUCAGCUGAACAAGGCUCAAAGAAUAAUUCGCGAGCUCUCGUUAUCCCAUGCCGACCCAAAGGAUAUCACACUUCAGUGA